AUGAAGUGGCUGCUACUCUUUCUAAUCUGCAUUCAGGCAAAAUGCAUAUCAUCGUGCGUUUUUGACAAAGUGGAGGAGAUGAGAGGUAAUAUUUAUGACAUCACUCGUGGAGACGUGAAUCAGUGUCUCGCCAGGUGUUACGAGAACAAGGACUGCACUGGAAUCUUAUACGAGAAGGUGGGAAAUCAGUGCAAUCUGAUUCGCGAAGUCCAGGAGUCGAUACCACUAAGUUGUACCGACGAAGCUGUCUGCUACAUCCUUCAGCGCGAUGAAGUGGAUUCUAUGUGCCAAAACUACCUGAAUAUUUGA